AUGUCGUUGGAGGGGCCGGUGGCGGGGAGGAGGGCAGGUCUGAAGGCUGCUGGCUACACAGGCCAAGGAGGAGAGAUCAACAAAAGCUCAAAGAAUAUAUUGACUGUCAAUUGCCCCACAGGAAUUACUGGAGGAGUUCUUCAGGCUGUAAGCAAGGGACUCCAGAAGGUAAUUCAUAUCAACAUAAAGAAACAAAAACACUCAUACAGGGGGGCCGCUGGUGGAGGUGGGCGGGGCGACGCACAGCACCCGCAAGAAAGUCGCCACGGACUCCGAUGUCCCAGGGACGAUAUCUGGCGUUCCCCGCCCUUAAUGGUCCCAGUCGUUUCUGCAGUGGUCGUGGGAGGCGUAGGAGGGACUCGGGGAGACCCGGAAAAGCUGGAUAUGGACUCAGUGACCUGUGAGGAUGUGGCUGUGAACUUCACCCUGGAGGAGUGGGCUCUACUGAAUCCUACACAGAAGAAACUCUACAGAGAUGUGAUGCAGGAAACCUUUAGGAAUCUGGCCUCAGUAGGAACAAAAUGGGAUGAUGAUGACAUUGAAGAGCAGUACAAAAACCAGGGGGGAAAACCAAGAAAUCAUACGGUAGUGAGAUUCUCUGAGCGUAAAGACCGUAAUCCAUGUGGAGGAAAUUUCAGCCUUAUUCCACCUCUUGAUCAGAACAAGAAAACUCCUGGAUUAAAACCAUGUGAAUGCAGUGUAUGUGGACAAGUCUUCAUGCAUCAUUCAUCUCUUAAUAGGCACAUGAAAUGUCACAUUGAACACAAACCUCAAGAUUUUAAAAAAUAUGAUCAGAGACUGUAUAAUACAUAUAAAUGUAAGGAAUGUGGGAAAGUUUACAAAUACUACAGUUCCUUACAGAGGCACAAAAGAACUCACACAGGAGAGAAACUGUAUGAAUUCCAGCAAUGUGGAAAAAGUUUCAGUAAUCAUCAAGGUUUCCAAACACAUGAAAGAAUUCACUCUGGAGAGAAGGCCUAUGAAUGUAAGCAAUGGGGUAAAGGUUUACGUUCUCAAAAAGGUUUCCAAAAACAUGGAAGAGAUCACACUGGAGAAAAACCCUGUGAAUGUAAGGCAUGUGAGGAAGCAUUGAUUAACCCCAGUUCUCUUCAAAUACAUGAAAGGAGUCACAGUGGAGAGAAACCAUAUGUGUGUAAAACAUGUUGUAAAGCAUUUAGUAUUCCCAGAUACCUUCGAGAACAUGAAAGAACCCAUACUGGAGAAAAACCCUAUGAAUGUAAAGUAUGUGGGAAAUCCUUUGCUUCCACUUAUGUUCAAGUGCAUGAAAGAGCUCACACUGGACAGAAACCCUAUCAAUGUCAGGAAUGUGGGAAAGCCUUCGUUUGUCCCUCAGGCAUUCGAAGGCACAUGAGACUGCACACUGGCGAGAAAUAUAAAUGUGAAGAAUGUGGGAAAGCAUUCAAUAAUCCCAGUUCUCUUCACAUACACAAAAGGACUCACACUGGAGAGAAACCAUAUAUGUGUAAAACAUGUUCUAAAGCAUUUAGUAUUCCCAGAUAUCUUCGAAAACAUGAGAAAACCCAUACUGGAGAAAAACCCUAUGAAUGUAAAAUAUGUGGGAAAACCUUCAGUUCCACCUAUGUUCAAGUGCAUGAAAGAAUUCACACUGGAGAGAGACCCUAUAAAUGUAAGGAAUGUGGGAAAGCCUACAUAUCUCUCUCAGGCAUUCAAAGACACAUGAGCCUGCACACUGGAGAGAAACCAUAUAAAUGUGUAGAAUGUGGGAAAGCAUUUAUUAUUCCCAGUUUUCUUCAAACACAUGAAAGGACUCACACUGGCGAGAAACCGUGUGUGUGUAAAAUAUGUUCUAAAGCAUUUCGUUUUUCCAGUUCUCUUCAAAAACAUGAAAGAACUCAUACAGAAAAACCCUAUGACUGUAAAAUAUGUGGGAACUUCGCUUCCACUAAUGUUCAAGUGCAUGAAAGAACUCACCCUGGAGAGAAGCCUUAUGAACAGGAAUGUGGGAAAGCCUACAUUUCUGUCUUAGGCAUUCAGAGAUGCAUGCAUACUACAGAGAAACCAUGUAAAUAUGAAGAAUAUGGGAAAACCUUUUCUGAUCUCUCUACUUUGCAAAAGCAUGAAAGGGUUCACUAGAUAAAAAAUAUAGUUUUUAAAGAGCCUAGGAAAGACUUCAGUGGGCCCACAUACUUAUAUGUGAAAACUCCCAUGAGAAACAAAUAUAAAUGUCAGUAACAUGAGGUAACUUGUUGGAAAGUAAUCCAAGAAUAAUGUUUCAGAAAAUUUUCAAUAUAAAAGACUUGUUAUAAAAAUUUAUGAAUAUAUGUGUUUACUAAGGAUCUUUAUGAACGUGCCUUUCUUGAUGUUGGAUUUGUACAAGUUACCCUCAGAAAUGAAUAUUUAGGUGAGGUAAUUCUGGAAGUCAUCUUUUAAUAAUAAUUCAUAAGGUUACAAGGUAGUGAUUUUUCCUUUAAUCAGGUAAUGAUAUUUUCUUUUUCCAUUUUUAAGUCUGUUGGACCUAUGGGUGAUUAAAGUGUAGUUUGUUUUUUUUUUUAACAUCUUUAUUGGAGUAUAAUUGCUUUACAAUGGUGUGUUAGUUUCCGCUUUAUAACAAAGUGAAUCAGCUAUACGUAUACAUAUA